UUCAAUUUUCUCGGGAAAAAAAUGUUGGAUGAAAUCCUAGAAAAUGGACGAUUGUUGAGGAAGUGGAUUUGAACGAGUCUUGUUCUUUUUUCCUAUUUAUUUAUUUAUUUAUUUUUUCUAGUUCCUGGUUUGUUGCUUUGGAUCUUUGAGUUCUAGGUCUCCGAAUGUGGAAUCUGACCCGAUUUGUGGUGUUGAGUCUCAGCCGCCGAUCUAGGCGGUUCUCGACGGCGAUUCCUGGUCCAUGUAUUGUGCACAAGCGCGGUGCCGACAUUCUUCACGAUCCCUGGUUCAACAAGGAUACUGGAUUUCCUUUGACAGAAAGAGAUAGAUUAGGUCUCCGUGGCCUUCUUCCACCUCGUGUGAUAUCAUUUGAGCAGCAAUAUGCUCGUUUUAUGGAAUCGUACCGGUCACUGGAGAAAAAUACUCAGGGUCACCCAGAUAAUUUUGUUGCAUUAGCAAAAUGGAGGAUCUUGAAUAGAUUGCAUGACAGGAAUGAAACAUUAUAUUACAGGGUUCUUAUGGAUAACAUCAAAGAUUUUGCUCCAGUAAUAUACACUCCUACUGUUGGAUUAGUUUGCCAAAAUUACUCUGGCUUAUUUAGACGCCCACGUGGGAUGUAUUUCAGUGCAAGGGAUAAGGGAGAGAUGAUAUCUAUGAUCUAUAACUGGCCAGCACACCAGGUAGACAUGAUAGUUAUCACAGAUGGAAGUCGUAUUCUUGGCCUUGGUGAUCUUGGAGUUCAGGGAAUUGGAAUACCUAUUGGAAAACUUGAUAUGUAUGUUGCUGCUGCUGGUAUCAAUCCACAACGAAUACUCCCAGUUAUGCUAGAUGUUGGUACUAACAAUCAAAAGCUACUUGAAGACCGGCUUUAUUUAGGGCUUAGACAGCCUAGAUUGGAAGGUGAAGAAUAUUUGUCAAUUAUUGAUGAAUUCAUGGAAGCAGUUUUCAACCGUUGGCCCAAGGCUAUUGUACAGUUUGAGGAUUUUCAAAUGAAGUGGGCCUUUGAAACUCUGCAACGCUAUCGAAAAAGGUUUUCCAUGUUCAAUGAUGACAUACAGGGGACUGCUGGCGUUGCACUUGCGGGAUUAUUGGGAACUGUUAGAGCACAAGGUCGACCGUUGGCUGACUUUGCCAACCAAAAGAUAGUUGUUGUGGGAGCUGGGAGUGCAGGGUUAGGUGUUCUUAAAAUGGCUGUGGAGGCUGUUACACGGAUGACAGGCAAUGGUGAAACAGCUGCACGCAAUUUUUUCCUAAUUGAUAAAGAUGGUCUCAUUACUAAAGAAAGGAAGAACCUUGAUCCAGCAGCAGCACCAUUUGCUAAGAAUCCAGGAGAGACCAUGGGCCUUGGAGAGGGUGCUACUUUGCUUGAAGUGGUUAAAAAGGUCAAGCCCCAUGUGCUGCUUGGUCUGUCUGGAGUGGGUGGCAUCUUCAGUGAGGAGGUGCUGAAGGCCAUGCACGAAUCUGAUUCAACGAAACCUGCAAUUUUUGCCAUGUCAAAUCCCACCUUGAAUGCUGAAUGCACUGCUGCUGAUGCAUUUAAACAUGCUGGAGAAAACAUAGUCUUUGCAAGUGGAAGCCCUUUUCAACAUGUUGAUCUAGGCAAUGGUAAAGUAGGCCAUGUAAAUCAAGCGAAUAACAUGUACCUGUUCCCUGGCAUUGGUCUAGGAACGCUGCUCUCAGGUGCUCAUUUUAUAACAGAUGGAAUGUUGCAAGCAGCCGCUGAAUGCCUUGCAUCUUAUAUGACAGAUGAAGAGGUUCAAAAGGGCCUUCUGUACCCAUCUAUUGAUAGUAUUCGUCAUAUUACAGCAGAGGUUGGAGCAGCUGUUCUGCGAGCCGCUGUUAGUGAAGAAUUGGCAGAAGGACAUGGUGAUAUGGGGCCCAAAGAGCUCAUGCACAUGUCAAAAAUGAGGCCUAUGUGGUGCACCUCAACUGAUCUGUUGCCAACCCCAGAAACAUGUCCAGCAUGUAUUCGUCAUAUUACAGCAGAGGUUGGAGCAGCUGUUCUGCGAGCCGCUGUUAGUGAAGAAUUGGCAGAAGGACAUGGUGAUGUGGGGCCCAAAGAGCUCAUGCACAUGUCAAAAGAUGAGACGGUUGAAUAUGUCACUCGCAAUAUGUGGUACCCUGUUUACAGCCCCCUAGUUCACGAGAAGUAGAUUAACAAUUAUUUUUUUCAACCUUGGAGGCUACAUCUAUGGGCCGUAACCAGUGCUCCAGAAUGAAUUGCAAAUUCACUUUUUAUCAAUUUCCUUUGUAUGAUUUAAUGACAUCCUUACAUGCUAGUAUAUUCUAGAAACACUGACAUGCUCAUCCUAUUAACAAUUUUAUUGCGUGGAAGAAAAGAUGGAUCCACUGAAGACGAACCCGCUUGGAUUGAAUUUUUUUGAUAGUGCUCAUUUUUUAAGUUAAUUUUCAAUAAUGGAGGGUUGUGAAUUGUGAUGUUCAUUUUGUCCCUUGAGAUUAUUAGUCUUUAUGUGGAUUCAUGGAUACGCAUUCCAUCAAUUACCGGGCUGAGGAUUUAUUUGUUGUA